CUUGGAGCGGGAGGCGGGAGAGAGUCGUCCGUCAGGGUCGUCGUCGGUCGGUGGGGCCCCGGGGGCUUGCGGCGUCGCCAUGGGCUUCCUGCGGCUGAUCGAGAUCGAGAACUUCAAGUCGUACAAGGGCCGCCAGAUCAUCGGGCCCUUCAAGAAGUUCACGGCCAUCAUCGGCCCCAACGGCUCGGGAAAGUCGAACCUCAUGGACGCCAUCAGCUUUGUGCUGGCGGAGAAGACGAGCAACCUGCGGGUGAAGACGCUGAAAGACCUCAUCCACGGCGCGCCGGUGGGCAAGCCGGCUGCCAACCGGGCCCUGGUCAGCAUGGUGUACUCUGAAGACAGUGGGGAAGACAAAGUGUUCACCAGGGUUAUUGUGGGUGCCUCCUCCGAGUACAAGAUCAACAACAAGGUGGUGCCGUUGCAGGAGUACAGCGAACAGUUGGAGAAGCUGGGCAUCCUCAUCAAAGCCCGAAACUUCUUGGUUUUCCAGGGCGCGGUGGAGUCGAUCGCCAUGAAGAACCCCAAAGAGCGCACGGCGCUCUUUGAGGAGAUCAGCCGUUCGGGUGAGCUGGCCAGUGAGUACGACAAGCGGAAGAAGGAGAUGGUGAAGGCGGGAGACACCCAGUUCAACUACCACCGCAAGAAGAACAUCGCGGCAGAGCGCAAGGAGGCCAAGCAGGAGAAGGAGGAGGCCGAGCGAUACCAGCGGCUGAAGGAUGAGCUGGUGCGGGCACAGGUCCAGCUGCAGCUCUUCAAGCUCUUCCACAAUGAGUCGGAGAUCGAGCGGCUGAGCAAGGACCUGGCCUCGCGCAACAAGGAGAUCGAGAAGGACAAGAAACGCAUGGACAAGGUGGAGGAAGAGCUGAAGGUGCAGAAGAAGGAAGUGGGCAAGCUGAUGCGGGAGCAGCAGCAGAUCGAGAAGGAAAUCAAGGAGAAGGAUGCGGAGUUAAACCAGAAGCGGCCUCAGUACAUCAAGGCCAAGGAGAACACGUCACACAAGAUCAAGAAGCUGGAGUCCGCCAAGAAGUCGCUGCAGAACGCGCAGAAGCAGUACAAGAAGCGUAAGGCGGACAUGGACGAGCUCGAGCAGGAGAUGCUGUCGGUGGAGAAAGGGCGGCAGGAGUUCGAGGAGCGAAUGGAGGAGGAGAGCCAGAGCCAAGGUCGGGAUCUGCAGCUAGAGGAGAACCAGGUGAAGAAGUACCAUCGGCUGAAGGAAGAAGCCAGCAAGCGGGCAGCCACCCUGGCUCAAGAGCUGGAGAAAUUCAACCGAGAUCAGAAGGCCGAUCAGGAUCGCCUGGACUUGGAGGAGAGGAAGAAAGUGGAAACGGAGUCAAAAAUAAAACAGAAGCUCAGAGAAAUUGAGGAGAAUCAGAAGAGGAUCGACAAGCUGGAAGAUUACAUCAACACCAGCAAGCAAUCGCUGGAGGAGCAGCAGACGCAGGAGACCAAGCUGACCGAGGAAGUGGAGGAGGCCAAGCGCCGCAUCGACGAGAUUAACAUGGAGCUGAACCAGGUGAUGGAGCAGUUGGGCGACGCUCGCAUUGACCGGCAGGAGAGCAGCCGUCAGCAGCGCAAGGCCGAGAUCAUGGAGAGCAUCAAACGCCUAUAUCCGGGCUCGGUGUUCGGCCGGCUGAUCGACCUGUGCCAGCCCACACAGAAGAAAUACCAGAUCGCCGUCACCAAGGUGCUGGGGAAGAACAUGGACGCCAUCAUCGUGGACACUGAGAAGACCGGCAGGGACUGCAUCCAGUACAUCAAGGAGCAGCGUGGGGAACCGGAGACCUUCCUGCCCCUCGAUUACCUGGAGGUCAAGCCCACUGACGAGAAGCUUCGAGAGCUGAGGGGUGCCAAGCUGGUGAUCGACGUCAUCCGCUACGAGCCACCGCACAUCAAGAAGGCACUGCAGUACGCCUGCGGGAACGCACUGGUGUGCGACAACGUGGAGGACGCCAGACGGAUUGCCUUUGGAGGCCCACAGAGACACAAGACUGUAGCUCUGGAUGGGACCCUCUUCCAGAAGUCAGGGGUGAUUUCGGGAGGAGCGAGCGACCUCAAAGCGAAAGCCCGGCGCUGGGACGAGAAAGCAGUCGAGAAACUGAAGAGCAAGAAGGAGAAGCUGACGGAGGAGCUGAAGGAGCAAAUGAAGAUCAAGCGGAAGGAGGCUGAGCUGCGGCAAGUGCAGUCACAGGCUCACGGGCUGCAGAUGCGCCUCAAGUAUUCUCAGAGCGAUCUGGACCAGACCAAGACACGGCACCUCGCCCUCAACAUGCAGGAGAAGUCCAAGCUAGAGAGCGAGCUGGCCAACUUUGGACCAAAGAUCAACGACAUCAAACGUACCAUCCAGGCUCGGGACCGAGAGAUGAAGGAGCUGAAGGAGAAGAUGAACCAGGUGGAGGACGAGGUGUUUGAGGAGUUCUGUCGCGAGAUCGGGGUGAGGAACAUCAGAGAGUUUGAAGAAGAGAAGGUGAAGAGGCAGAAUGAGAUAGCGAAGAAAAGGCUGGAGUUUGAGAACCAGAAGACAAGGCUGGGCAUCCAGCUGGACUACGAGCGACAGCAACUUAAAGAGGAUCAGGACAAGGUGCACAUGUGGGAACAGACUGUGAAGAAGGAUGAGAACGAGAUCGAAAAGCUGAAAAAGGAAGAGCACAGGCACAUGAAGAUCAUCGACGAGACCAUGGCCCAACUGCAGGACCUGAAGAACCAGCACCUCACCAAGAAGUCGGAGGUCAGCGACAAGAACCACGAAAUGGACGACAUUCGCAAGAAGCUCGGAGGAGCCAACAAGGAAAUGACCCACCUGCAGAAGGAGGUGACUGCCAUCGAGACCAAGCUGGAGCAGAAACGCAGCGACCGCCACAACCUGCUGCAGAGCUGCAAGAUGCAGGACAUCAAGCUGCCCCUGAAGCAGGGGAGCAUGGACGACAUCAGUCAGGAGGAGGACGGCUUGCAGUCCGAGGACACAGGCAACAGUUCCCAGAGGACCUCGAACGUCUGCGCGCGGGAGGCACUGAUCGAGAUCGACUACAGUGAGCUGUGUGACGACCUAAAGGACGCGCUGUCGGACGAUGAGGUCAAGAUCGAGAUGAACAGCCUACAGCAGAAGGUGACGGAGCACCAGAACAUCCUGCAGCGGAUUGCGGCGCCCAACAUGAAGGCCAUGGAAAAGCUGGACAGCGUGCGGGACAAGUUCCAGGAAACCUCGGAAGAGUUCGAGGCCGCACGGAAGCGGGCAAAGAAAGCCAAGCAGGCCUUCGAGCAGAUCAAGAAGGAGCGGUUCGACCGUUUCAACGCCUGCUUCGAGGCCGUGGCCACCAACAUCGACGAGAUCUACAAGGCUCUCUCCCGCAACAGUAGCGCCCAGGCCUUCCUGGGCCCAGAGAAUCCUGAAGAGCCCUACCUGGAUGGGAUCAACUACAACUGUGUGGCUCCAGGGAAGAGGUUCAGGCCCAUGGAUAACCUAUCAGGAGGGGAGAAGACGGUCGCAGCCCUGGCUCUGUUGUUUGCUAUCCACAGCUACAAGCCCGCCCCGUUCUUUGUCCUGGACGAGAUCGACGCUGCCCUCGAUAACACAAACAUCGGGAAGGUCGCCAACUACAUCAAGGAGCAGUCCGUGUCCAACUUCCAGGCGGUGGUCAUCUCCCUGAAGGAGGAGUUCUACACCAAGGCCGAUGCUCUAAUAGGAGUCUACCCUGAGCAAGGAGAUUGCGUCAUCAGCAAAGUGCUGACCUUCGACCUGACUGGGUUCCCGGAAGCUGGCCCGUCGCCUAAUGAGUAACCGGAGGGUGGGGGGGAGCGCCUGUGUAUCUCCAUACGCCUGACUGUGUGCGUGUGUGUGUGCGCAGUCUCCUGUGUGCCUGGCUGUGUGUGUGUGUGUGUGUAUGCGCGCGCCGGUGACCGACCGUCGCCCUCUCUGGGGAUGGACGGGAGGUAUCCCACUUUCCUUUUGUACCUUCUUCCUUCUCCCUGUCACGUGGGGUGGGGAGGGGGUUCUGCGUCCAAGGAGGGGGUGCAGAAGGACACGGGAGUGAUCUGGAGCUCUCUCCCCCACCAUCCCGCCAAUUAGAGAAGGCAUUUUUUCUCCCCCCCUCCCCCCCCCCCCCCCCCCCCACGUCAAAUGACAAGCAACAGACUGGCUGAGCAGGGGCAUUGAAGAUCUCCUAUUGCCCUCCAGUGAUGUUACCAGGAGGCAGGGUUGUGAGGUCACUGUCCCAUUUGAUGCAGCUCCUUCACAACGCCGGUGAGCUCCUGAUUCACCCAUGGCACCUGGACCUGGCUUCUCGGGGGAAGACAAUGCUGUCCAAAUGGAGAGCUCCCGGGGCUCUUUCUCCACCUUGUGGGCGUCCUUCCUUUGGCCCCUGCAAGUGAGUUUGGCUGACGUCGGCGAGAAGCUCCGGUGGGAGAUUGAGGAAGCCCAGGGAGUCUUCUGGACCGCCAGCCGAAAAGAAGCUAGAAUCCGAAGCAAAAACUAGACUGGAAGAACUCAGCGAGUCAAGCGGCAUCCGUGGAGGCAGAGGGGUAGUUGAUGUUUCCGGUUGGGACCCUGCAUCUGUUUUCUUCUGCACGGGGGACGAACUGGAACCUGUGGUGAAACCGUUCCCCUGUCUGGUAUAUCCCCUCCCCGGCUUAAGGACACUUUGAGCCCUGACUCGGCACUGUAGCUCGGAUGGCACCGUGCUCUCCGGACCCCAGCAGCCGAAGCUUCAUCCCACUUGUUGGGAUGGUGUGGGAGAGAGGGAGGGAUCGGGCAGAGAUUGCCAUCGUGCUGCUGUUCCUGCCAGCGCUUGGCCCGGAAACCCAUGGGGCUCGCAUUACCCGUUUCCCCAACCCCAAGCCUUCUCGUGAGGAGGGGCUGCAGAGCUGUGCGGCACCUUGGCUGGAAAACACACACCUCCCCCCCACCCCCCUGUAAUAUAUAAACCGCUCACGGGAGACGACCAAGUUCUUAAAUUAAGAUAUUUGAUCGGUGAUGUGUUAGAUUCAAGGCCUCGCCGUCUUGAAUAGACAUGACGUCCUCUUGCUUGCUUGUGAUAGGAUGCCAGUGAGAAAUAGCUCUUAGAAGUAUAACAGGCAUAAUAUCUACUGUUUUUAGUGUCAGGAAACUUGUUAUUUUAGUAGACAGAAUCAUGUUAAAUCUUUCUGCAGCUUUAUGCUAAAAUCGUGUGUGUCAUGAAAAUUUCCCCCUAAUAAAAAUCUUUUAUUGACUUUA